CUUGGCCCGGAGGCGCUGCGUGGGUCGGGCGGCGUUCUGCUAAACAAGAAGGGUGAGCGGUUUGUCAAUGAGCUUGACCUCCGUUCCGUGGUCUCCAACGCCAUCAUUGAGCAGGGCGACGAAUACCCCGAUUCAGGCGGUAGCAAGUUUGCCUUCUGUGUGCUCAAUGACGCAGCGGUGAGGCUCUUCGGCGUGAAUUCCCACGGCUUUUAUUGGAAUCGUCUUGGUCUUUUUGUAAAGGCUGACACAGUGGAAAAGCUUGCGGCACUCAUUGGAUGCCCUGUGGAGAAUGUGCGGAAUACGCUGGGGGACUACGAGCAGCUCUCAAAAGAGAACCGUCAAUGCCCCAAGACUCGCAAGAUUGUCUACCCGUGUGUGGUGGGACCGCAGGGUCCCUUUUAUGUUGCCUUUGUGACGCCGUCGAUCCACUACACAAUGGGCGGCUGCCUCAUCUCGCCCUCGGCAGAGAUGCAGUUGGAAGAAAACACGACCUCCCCCUUUGGCCACCGCCGUCCUAUUUUUGGCUUGUUUGGUGCGGGCGAGGUGACGGGCGGGGUGCAUGGCGGAAACCGGCUUGGUGGCAAUUCGCUGCUGGAAUGCGUCGUCUUUGGCCGCAUUGCUGGGGAUCGUGCCGCGACUAUCCUGCAGAAGAAACCUGUGCCGCUGUCAUUUAAAACCUGGACGACAGUGAUUUUGCGCGAGGUGCGGGAGGGUGGAAUGUACGGAACUGGUUCUCGUGUGCUGCGGUUUAAUCUUCCGGGUGCCUUGCAGCGUUCUGGGCUUCAACUCGGCCAGUUUAUUGCCAUCCGCGGUGAGUGGGAUGGCCAGCAGCUCAUUGGGUACUACAGCCCCAUCACAUUGCCGGACGAUCUUGGUGUCAUUGGCAUCCUGGCGAGGAGUGACAAGGGGACUUUGAAGGAGUGGAUUUCCGCCCUAGAACCAGGCGAUGCGGUGGAGAUGAAAGGUUGCGGUGGCCUGGUGAUUGAGCGCCGUUUCAGCGAACGAUACCUGUACUUUUCAGGUCAUGCGCUGAAAAAACUUUGCCUUAUUGCCGGCGGCACAGGUGUGGCACCGAUGCUGCAGAUCAUUCGUGCCGCACUCAAGAAGCCGUUCCUUGAAAAUAUCGAGAGCAUCUGUCUCAUCUACGCUGCCGAAGAUGUCUCGGAGCUCACGUACCGCGAACUGCUUGAACAGCACCAGCGAGAUUCAAAGGGAAAGUUUCGCAGUAUUUUUGUUUUGAAUCGCCCUCCACCAGUUUGGACUGACGGCGUUGGGUUCAUUGACAAGAAGCUUCUGAGCUCAUCCGUACAACCGCCGGCAAAAGAUCUGUUGGUGGCCAUCUGCGGCCCGCCAAUUAUGCAGCGCGUUGUCAAGACGUGCCUGAAGAGUCUUGGGUACGACAUGCAACUAGUGCGUACUGUCGACGAAGUGGAAACCCAGAACUCAUCCAAGAUGUAA